CGCCACUACUAAACUAAACUCCUCCCGCGGUCACCAUACGUGGACAUCAUGUGGCCAACACCAGCCUUGACAGAGGCGCCGCGUUGCGCCGCGCCGCGCUGCGCUCCGGCUAUAUAAACCCGGCUGCUGUCAGGUGGAGGAUACUGGCAGCUCUUCACUGCUCUGCUCUGCUCUGCGCUGGGAGAUUACAGCUCUGCAGAAAACACUUUAACAAUGUCUCACGCUUGGGGAUACGCGGCGAAUAACGGACCCGACAAAUGGGCUGACAGCUUCCCAAUCGCGAACGGACCCCGGCAGUCUCCCAUCGACAUCGUGCCGGGAGAAGCCUCCUUCGAUCCGAAGCUGAAGCCGCUCGCGCUGAAGUACGACCCGUCCACCUGCCAGGAGAUCCUCAACAACGGCCAUUCCUUCCAAGUGACCUUCUUGGACGACACCGACAGCUCAACUCUGAAAGAUGGACCAAUCUCAGGGACCUACAGGCUGAAGCAGUUUCAUUUUCACUGGGGGGCUUCGGAUGACAAGGGGUCUGAGCAUACCGUGGCCGGGACCAAAUACGCCGCUGAACUCCAUCUGGUGCACUGGAACACCAAAUAUGCAAGCUUUGGGGAAGCUGCGAGUAAGCCUGAUGGUCUUGCUGUUGUUGGAGUCUUCCUAAAGAUUGGUGCGGAAAACGCUAAUCUCCAGAAACUAAUUGACGCAUUUGGCUCAAUCAAGACCAAGGGCAUGCAAAGUUCCUUUGCUAACUUCGACCCUGCAACAUUGCUACCUGGUUGCCUAGACUACUGGACAUACGAUGGCUCUCUAACCACGCCCCCUCUGCUGGAAAGCGUCACCUGGAUAGUCUGCAAGGAGCCAAUCAGCGUCAGCCCUGGGCAGAUGGCCAGCUUCCGCAGCCUCCUCUUCACCGCUGAGGGCGAGGCCGAAUGCUGCAUGGUGGACAACUACCGCCCUCCUCAGCCUCUAAAGGGUCGCCCUGUCCGUGCUUCCUUCAAGUAGAUCCUACCCCCCCCCCUUUUGCCCUUUAUCCCCAGUUGCCCCUUUCCCUUCCUUCCCCGCUUUCAGAAGUACAUUGUUGUUUUU